GCUGCGCAUCAUCACAUCACCCCAUUCUCUGCUGUUAAGGCGACUGUCUGAGCAGUGUGACCUCAUCAUGAUGUGAUUUCUUUCCCCUUUUUUUGUGCGCGCGCGUGUGUAAUCUUUACAGAGCAAACAUGUGCGAAAGACACCGUUAAUUUAUUGAUUCAUGUGAGUCAACUUUUCCAGGAUUACGUGCCAGUUUAUCUCCACCGUUUUUGCAGCCUGCUCACUUCGGACGGCCAUGGCGCAGCAGGACGGUGCUGACAAGAAGAACCCGGCCGUCGGAGCCUUGCAGUCUCACUUCCUCGUGGGCUCCAUAUCGGAGGAGAACUCAGAGGAUGAAAUCCAGGGGAGAUUAGAUGGGCCGCUGGAGGACAAGGAGAUGAGAUCGGUCUCACCUUCUUCUGGUAGCUCCGACAGCACAAAUGAGAUGGGUUUUGACCUCAUCGAUGGCCCUGUGCACAAUUUAAGACCUAGCAUGUCAGGACUACACUUGGUAAAGCAGGGCAGAGAUCGCAGGAGAAUCGAUCUCCAGCGGGACUUCACCGUCGCUUCUCCCGCUGAAUUUGUCACCCGCUUUGGUGGCAACAAAGUCAUUGAAAAGGUGCUAAUUGCCAACAAUGGCAUUGCUGCCGUUAAAUGCAUGCGCUCCAUCCGCCGUUGGGCCUACGAGAUGUUCCGUAAUGAAAGAGCUAUCCGUUUUGUGGUCAUGGUGACCCCAGAAGACCUGAAAGCCAACGCAGAAUACAUCAAAAUGGCCGAUCAUUAUGUGCCCGUGCCUGGAGGGACUAACAACAACAACUAUGCGAAUGUUGAGCUCAUUCUUGACAUUGCAAAGCGCAUACCUGUUCAGGCAGUGUGGGCAGGAUGGGGUCAUGCCUCGGAAAAUCCCAAACUCCCAGAGCUUCUUCAGAAACAUGGCAUUGCCUUUAUGGGUCCACCAAGUCAGGCUAUGUGGGCUCUUGGAGACAAGAUUGCCUCCUCCAUUGUAGCUCAGACGGCUGGUAUUCCAACUCUACCCUGGAGCGGAUCAGGCUUGACAGUGGACUGGUCAGAAAGCAAUCAAAAGAAGAAGAUCAUCAAUGUGCCUAAUGAAUUGUAUGAGAGCGGCUGUAUCCAUGACGUGGAAGAAGGCCUCAAAGCUGCAGAAAAGAUUGGUUAUCCAAUAAUGGUGAAAGCUUCAGAGGGUGGAGGAGGAAAAGGUAUCCGUAAAGUCAACUGUGCAGAAGACUUCCCUAACCUCUUCAGACAGGUUCAGGCAGAAGUGCCAGGAUCCCCCAUCUUUGUCAUGCAGCUUGCCAAGCAUGCCCGUCACCUGGAGGUGCAGAUUUUGGCGGAUCAGUAUGGAAAUGCAAUUUCCUUGUUUGGCAGGGACUGCUCUGUUCAGCGACGUCAUCAGAAAAUUAUUGAGGAGGCUCCGGCAACCAUAGCUACCUCUGAUAUAUUUGAAGAUAUGGAACAGUGUGCUGUAAAGCUGGCUAAGAUGGUCGGUUAUGUCAGUGCAGGUACUGUAGAAUACCUCUACAGCCAGGAUGACAGUUUUUACUUCCUGGAGCUCAACCCCCGUCUGCAGGUGGAACACCCCUGUACUGAAAUGGUGGCUGAUGUCAACUUGCCUGCUGCUCAAAUGCAGAUUGCGAUGGGUAUUCCUCUUUAUCGGAUCAAAGACAUCCGGAUGCUUUAUGGGGUCCAGCCUUGGGGAGAUACUCCUAUUGACUUUGAGUCCCUGUCAAACACACCCUCCCCACGCGGGCAUGUCAUCGCAGCACGCAUCACCAGUGAAAACCCAGAUGAGGGCUUCAAGCCAAGCUCCGGAACGGUGCAAGAGCUGAAUUUCCGAAGCAAUAAAAAUGUCUGGGGUUACUUCAGUGUUGCUGCAGCUGGAGGCCUGCACGAGUUUGCGGACUCUCAGUUUGGGCACUGUUUCUCUUGGGGGGAAAAUCGUGAGGAAGCCAUUUCCAACAUGGUGGUUGCUCUCAAGGAACUGUCUAUCAGAGGAGACUUUCGAACCACAGUGGAAUACCUGAUUAAGCUGCUGGAGACUGAAAGCUUUCAGCAUAAUAGCAUCGACACAGGCUGGCUGGAUCGACUUAUUGCAGAGAAGAUGCAGGCUGAGCGUCCUGACACCAUGCUUGGAAUAGUGAGUGGAGCUCUGCAUGUCGCAGAUGUCAAUCUAAGAAACAGUGUUUCCAACUUUCUUCAUUCCCUAGAAAGGGGGCAGGUGCUACCAGCGCAUACACUACAGAACACGGUGGAUGUGGAGCUGAUCUACGAAGGCACAAAGUAUGUCCUGAAAGUGACACGACAAUCUCCCAACUCGUAUGUGGUGAUCAUGAACAGCUCAUUGGCCGAGGUGGAUGUUCAUCGCCUGAGUGAUGGGGGCCUCUUGCUGUCAUAUGACGGAAGCAGCUACACUACAUACAUGAAGGAAGAGGUGGAUAGGUAUCGAAUCACAAUUGGGAACAAAACGUGUGUUUUUGAAAAGGAGAACGAUCCCUCGCUGCUGCGAUCUCCCUCAGCUGGGAAACUCAUUCAGUACACAGUUGAGGAUGGUGGACAUGUGUUUGCUGGACAGUGCUUUGCAGAAAUAGAGGUGAUGAAGAUGGUCAUGACCCUCACUGCUGCGGAGUCAGGAUGUAUUCACUAUGUGAAAAGAGCCGGAGCAGCUCUGGAACCUGGCUGUGUCAUUGCCAAACUGCAACUGGAUGACCCAAGCAGAGUGCAACAGGCGGAGCUGUACACAGGAGCACUUCCUUUAGCCCAGACCGUAGCCCUGAGGGGUGAGAAGCUGCAUAGAGUAUUCCACAGCACUCUGGAUCAUCUCGUUCACAUAAUGAACGGCUACUGCCUUCCUGAGCCUUUCUUCAGUGCUAAACUGAAAGAGUGGGUGGAAAGGCUCAUGAAAACCAUGCGUGAUCCAUCCUUACCCCUUCUUGAACUUCAGGACAUCAUGACUAGCGUUUCAGGUCGGAUCCCCCCUGCUGUAGAGAAGGCCAUUAAAAAGGAGAUGGCUCAGUACGCCAGCAACAUAACAUCUGUGCUCUGCCAGUUCCCCAGCCAGCAGAUUGCUAAUAUCCUGGACAGCCAUGCUGCUACUCUCAACAAGAAAUCAGAGAGAGAAGUGUUCUUCAUGAACACUCAAAGCAUUGUCCAACUGGUGCAGAAGUAUCGCAGCGGCAUCCGAGGCCACAUGAAGGCAGUGGUGAUGGACUUACUCAGACAGUACCUGAAAGUAGAGAUCCAGUUCCAGAAUGGCCACUAUGACAAGUGUGUGUUUGCACUCAGAGAAGAAAACAAAGGGGACAUGGUCAAUGUUGUGAACUACAUUUUCUCCCAUGCACAAGUCACUAAGAAGAACCUGCUGGUUACUAUGCUGAUUGACCAGCUAUGUGGCCGUGAUCCCACACUGACAGAUGAACUGAUGACCAUUCUGACUGAGCUCACACAGCUCAGCAAGACUACCAACGCCAAGGUGGCUCUGCGUGCUCGGCAGGUUCUGAUAGCAUCCCACCUCCCUUCCUAUGAGCUACGACACAACCAGGUGGAGUCCAUCUUCCUGUCUGCUAUCGAUAUGUACGGGCACCAGUUCUGCAUUGAGAACCUGCAGAAACUCAUCCUUUCGGAGACAUCCAUCUUUGAUGUCCUGCCCAACUUUUUCUACCACAGUAAUCAGGUGGUCAGGAUGGCUGCUCUUGAGGUGUACGUGAGGAGAGCAUACAUCGCUUAUGAACUGAACAGUGUGCAGCAUCGACAGCUGAAGGACAACACAUGUGUUGUAGAAUUCCAAUUCAUGCUUCCCUCCUCACAUCCCAACAGAGGGAACAUCCCAACUCUCAACAGGAAAAUAGCCACCCCCAUCCUGGGCUAUGGCAUCAACUUGGAUGCUAAAGUACAGGAACCCAAACCCCGGGAGCUUAAAACCCAAGAUAAUGAAGCUAAGGAUGAGAAUGGAGGAAAGAAAAGUUCCAAAGAUUUGGAAUCUGAAGACAGGAUGUCCUUCUCAUCCAACCUCAAUCACUAUGGGAUGAUGCAUGUAGCCAGUGUAAGCGACGUCCUGCUUGACACAUCUUUUACACCACCCUGUCAACGUAUGGGAGCCAUGGUUUCUUUCCGUUCCUUCCAAGAGUUUACAAGGAACAUUAAUGAUGUCCUGAGCUGCUUCUCUGACUCUCCGCCUGCAAGUCCAAUGUUCCCUGAUGGAGGCAACCCUGUCCUGUAUGGUGAAGAGGACAACAAGAGCGUUCAGGACGAGCCAAUCCACAUUUUGAAUGUGGCCAUAAAGACAGACAGUGACAUUGAUGAUGAUGGCCUGGCAGCCAUGUUUCGGGAGUUCACUCAGUCCAACAAAUCAUUGCUUUUUGAACAUGGCAUCCGAAGACUGACGUUCCUUGUUGCACAGAAGGAUUUCAGGAAACAAGUCAACUGUGAGGUGGACCAAAGGUUUCACAGAGAAUUCCCGAAAUUCUUCACAUUCCGGGCAAGAGAUAAGUUUGAGGAGGACAGGAUCUAUCGGCACCUGGAGCCAGCUUUAGCGUUCCAGUUGGAGCUCAACCGCAUGCGAAAUUUUGCACUAACCGCCAUUCCCUGUGCCAACCAUAAGAUGCACUUGUAUUUGGGUGCAGCCCGUGUGGAGGUGGGGACAGAGGUCACUGACUAUCGUUUCUUUGUUCGAGCAAUUAUCCGCCACUCUGAUCUGGUCACAAAGGAAGCUUCCUUUGAAUACCUUCACAAUGAAGCAGAGCGUCUUCUGCUAGAAGCCAUGGAUGAACUGGAAGUGGCUUUUAACAACACAACCGUACGGACCGACUGUAACCACAUCUUCCUCAACUUUGUCCCUACAGUCAUCAUGGAUCCGUCAAAGAUCGAGGAGUCCGUGCGGUCCAUGGUGAUGCGUUAUGGCAGUCGUCUGUGGAAGCUCCGGGUCCUGCAAGCUGAACUGAAAAUCAACAUCCGCCUGACCCCAACGGGAAAGCAGAUUCCAAUUCGCCUCUUCCUGACAAAUGAGUCGGGCUACUACCUGGAUAUCAGCCUGUACAAGGAGGUCACUGACUCCCGAACGGGACAGGUGGGGCCCAAAGAUCGACAGAUUAUGUUCCAAGCAUAUGGUGACAAGCAAGGGCCCUUGCAUGGCAUGUUAAUCAAUACACCGUAUGUGACAAAGGACCUGUUGCAGUCCAAGCGUUUCCAGGCACAAUCUUUGGGCACCACAUACGUCUACGACUUUCCAGAAAUGUUCAGACAGGCUCUGAAAAAGCUCUGGCACUCCAGUCAGGCUUAUGCUUACCUACCUGAAUGCCCCCCUCCUUCAGAACUGCUCACCUUCACCGAGCUGGUUCUGGAUGCACAGGGUCAGUUGGUGCAGAUGAACAGACUGCCGGGAGGAAAUGAGAUUGGCAUGGUGGCAUGGCGAAUGACCCUGCGAACCCCAGAGUAUCCAGCAGGACGGGAGAUCAUUAUCAUAAGCAAUGACAUAACUCACAAGAUUGGCUCAUUUGGACCUCAGGAGGAUGUGCUUUUCCUCCGAGCCUCAGAGAUGGCCAGGGAGAGUGGCAUCCCUCGCAUCUACAUCGCAGCAAACAGUGGUGCCCGCAUCGGCCUGGCUGAGGAGAUCAGACACAUGUUCCAUGUAGCUUGGCAGGAUCCAGCUGAUCCAUACAAGGGAUUCAAGUAUCUCUACCUCACACCUCAGGACUACAAAAAAGUCUCUGCUCUUAACUCUGUACAUUGCGAGCAUGUUGAAGAUGGGGGUGAAUCAAGGUACAAGAUCACUGAUAUUAUUGGAAAGGAAGAGGGGCUGGGUGUGGAGAAUCUGAGAGGAUCUGGAAUGAUUGCUGGAGAAUCUUCUCUAGCUUAUGAGGAGAUCAUCACCAUGAAUCUGGUGACUUGUCGAGCAAUAGGCAUUGGAGCCUAUCUGGUGAGACUUGGACAGAGAACCAUCCAAGUGGACAACUCUCACAUAAUCCUCACUGGAGCUGGGGCCCUCAACAAGGUGCUGGGCAGAGAGGUUUACACUUCCAACAACCAACUGGGAGGAAUUCAGAUCAUGCACAACAACGGUGUGACCCACAGUACUGUCUGUGAUGACUUCGAGGGCGUCUUUAACUUGUUGCAGUGGCUUUCCUACAUGCCCAAGUGUAAAUCCAGUCCAGUGCCCAUCAUCAGCGCCAAGGAUCCCAUAGAUCGGCUGGUGGAGUUUGUGCCGACCAAGACUCCUUAUGAUCCUCGCUGGAUGCUGAUGGGACGUCCCAGUCAAACUCCAAAAGGUUCCUGGCAGAGCGGCUUCUUUGACCAAGGCUCCUUCAUGGAGAUCAUGCAGCCAUGGGCACAGAGUGUGGUGGUGGGCAGAGCCAGACUGGGAGGGAUACCUACAGGGGUUGUGGCUGUAGAAACCAGGACGGUGGAGCUAUCAAUCCCAGCCGAUCCAGCCAAUCUGGACUCGGAGGCAAAGCUCAUCCAGCAGGCAGGGCAGGUGUGGUUCCCAGACUCGGCUUUUAAAACGGCACAGGCCAUUAAGGAUCUGAACCGAGAGGGUUUACCUCUCAUUGUGUUUUCCAACUGGAGAGGCUUUUCUGGGGGAAUGAAAGACAUGUACGACCAGGUGUUGAAGUUCGGGGCCUACAUCGUGGAUGGACUGAGAGAGUACAAGCAGCCUGUUUUGGUUUAUAUCCCCCCUCAGGCUGAGCUGAGAGGUGGCUCCUGGGUGGUCAUAGAUCCCACCAUCAACCCCCGUCACAUGGAGAUGUAUGCAGAUAAGGACAGCCGAGGUGGCGUGUUGGAGCCUGAAGGAACAGUGGAGAUCAAGUUUAGAAGGAAGGAUCUGGUGAAGACCAUGAGACGAGUAGAUCCGGUCUACAUGGGCUUGGCGGAAAGACUCGGGACUCCAGAACUGAGCCCUGCUGAUCGCAAAGACCUGGAGACCAAGCUGAAGGAGCGUGAGGAGUUUUUGCUGCCUAUCUACCAUCAGGUGGCUGUGCAGUUCGCUGACCUCCACGACACCCCCGGUCGCAUGCAAGAGAAGGGCGUCAUCACGGACAUCCUGGAAUGGCAAACUUCCCGCCAGUUCUUCUACUGGCGUCUGAGGCGCCUGCUGCUGGAGGACACGGUGAAGAAGAAGAUCCAAGCAGCCAACAGUGAGCUGACAGAUGGCCAGAUUCAGGCAAUGCUGCGCCGCUGGUUUGUGGAGGCAGAGGGGGCUGUUAAGGCAUAUCUGUGGGAUAACAAUGAAGAGGUGGUUUCAUGGCUGGAGAGGCAGCUGGCCGAAGAGGAGGGUGCCAGAUCCGUCAUCGAUGAGAACAUCAAAUAUAUCCGAAGAGAUCACCUGCUUAAGCAGAUCCGCAGCCUCGUUCAAGCUAAUCCAGAGGUUGCCAUGGACUCGAUCGUACACAUGACUCAGCACAUCUCCGCCACACAGAGAGCUGAGGUGGUGCGAAUCCUGUCCACCAUGGAGGCGUCUACCUCAUCCUAACACUGUUGUACUGGGCUUUGGUAAAACAGAAGGAGCCAUGACUCCUGAGUGGGACCUGAGCUGGAAACGUUGGGCGAGAGGAGCCAACAUUGUAGCCCUAGGAAAAGCAGGGCUGCUGGUAAAGCUUUGGCAAUGAUUCUCGCUCUGUAAGACGUCAAAUGAUUGAUGGUAUCUCUAAUAUUUUGUACAUUACUCUCAUAAGUCUUAGUGUCUGCUUAAGUCUGUAAAUGUAUUUUCCAGUGCAAUUAAAAAAAAUAAAUUUCUGGUAAUUGGUAUUUAAUAUGUUUAGGAUUUAUUUAUUAUGAAAGGAUCUAUCCUUCCAUGAUAAUCAGUGACCUCCAUCCUUUUAACCUGGAGCGUGCACAGUAAUAUAUUUUUUAGAAAUGCUCUACUACUGUUAGAAAAGCACCUUGGUUUGUGACAUAUGCUUGUGAAGGUUUACAAGUGUUUUGAUGACCAGCUCAACAAUGACAACUCAUCGCCUGUGGAGUUGACCAAAAAGGAGUUUCGCUCUACUAUAUAAAAAGCAUUUAGUUACUGAACAAAGACAGGAAACGCUAAGGCAGAUUUGGCCAGGGAAGCCCAGCAGGAAGCGCAACGAGGUCCCUUUUAGACCCCGACUGUUUCACAGUUACCCUGCAGUGAGCAGUGGGCAGCUUGCCUCAUAACAAAACCACAGCUGUCCCUUCUGUUCUCACCCACACAUGCUGCUUAACAGGCACUUUAGUGCUUACUGUCCGCUCACACUGCACCGAGAGCUGAGCCCCGCUCAGGUCUCUCUGCAAGAUAAACGCAUACGCACAAAGUGGCACAAACUAACACACAGAGUGGAUAAAAGCUAAAAUACAAAUUGAUAAUGGCUUCAUUGACAGAGUAAGUAACAGAAAGCUUGUUUUGAGGGAUUAGGUCAUCUGUUGCUGUGUUGCUUGCACAAACGGCACAAUAGCUUCAGGUUUUUAACCAAAGAUGUUGGUUUGAAUUGAAAACAAGUCGGCGGGCAAAUCAAUCAUGUCUAUCAGAAACGGCAAACGCUGCUCUUCACUUGCCUCGAUAUGUUACGUGUCAGAUGUAGUGUCCCAAUGUCCACAAACUCUCUUCCAUGAUGUUUACGAAUUGUAAAAUGGAAGUUCCUGAAAGCAAUGAUGGAAUCUUUUUGAAAACUGCCUCAGACGGGAGAACAUUAUAGCUAAAGAGCUCUGUGAUGUUAAAUUCAUCUCUCUUGCAUUAUGUCAUUUGAUUUGCUGUUAUCCUCAUGGCUGCAUGGAUCAGUUUUGUGCCUUUUGUUCCAACAUGUACAUGCUGACCAGAUGCUUUAGAUGUAACCGUUUACUUACAGAAGACUUUACAGCAAGAAGCUUUAGACAUGUCUGCUGGUUGAAUAAAACGUACUAACUAACUUCAUUGUCUUGUUAUUUCCACUUUGAUAUUUCUUUAACUUGUACCUCUAUAAGGUUUCUAAUAAAAAGGAACUUGGCUCCUCAAAAUGAUGCUCAAUAACACUCU